CUAACGGUUCACGGUGAGAGAGAAGACACCGUAAACGCGAUAUCCCCAGUCAGAUAUGAAAUCGACCUGCUAUAAUCUCAUACAGCAUGUCAGUCAAGUUUAGUGAUAUGGAUUUUUCAAGAUUUUAUAAUGCACACAUUGAAGCUAUAAGAGGUACCGAAUUCCCAGGUCUUGGAGCCUUGUAUCGCAGGAUCAUCUUGUUCGAUCAUUGGUUUUGCAGCCUGUCUCCAUAUUGUUGCAACAUAAUUGUUGCGUUUAAUGUGCAGUAAAAGACUACUCAGGCAAGAUGACCAAACCUAUGUUGAUCAUGCUGGAACUACACUUUAUGCCAAAAGUCAGCUUGAGGCCUAUCACAAUGAUUUGAUGAGGCAUGUCUAUGGUAAUCCUCACAGUGGAAACACCAGUAGUCAGCUUACUACAGAUACAAUAGAACAAAUUAGAUACAGGGUACUCCAGUUUUUUAAUACAACUUCUAAAGAAUACACUGUUAUAUUCACCUCCGGCUGUACACAGGCUUUGAAAUUAGUAGCUGAAACGUUUGAUUUCAGUGGCAUACAAACAAAAAAGGAAGAUGGUGACAAAAUUCUCACAAGGAAUAGGGGAGAUAACUACAGUUUUUGUGACUCAGAUUCAACAGUGAAGAAAGAUGAAAACUGUAAAAAUGUUGGAUAUUUUUAUUAUUUGUGUGAUAAUCACACAUCUGCUCAAGGAAUGAGAGAACUCAUUGUUAAACAAACAGAAAAUGUAUUUCCAUUUAAUGUUUCUGACGUCUUUAAAACUUGUAUCUCCCACCCUGUUAAUCCAAGUAUAAAUGGAAACAAUCUGUUUGUAUACCCUGCUCAAUCAAAUUACUCUGGUCAGAAAUUCCCACUGGAAUGGAUAAAAAAAAUUCAAAAUAGUCAGUUGAAAUGUCAACAGAAUACAGGAGGACAUUGGUAUGUGCUGUUGGAUGCAGCCGCCUAUGCAAGCACAUCACACUUAGAUCUUACGCAUUACAAGCCAGAUUUUGUUACUGUUUCAUUCUACAAAAUAUUUGGACAUCCCACAGGAUUAGGUGCUCUGUUAGUAAAGAAUGAUAGCUGUCAUGUAUUAAAGAAAGAGUAUUUUGGUGGAGGAACAGUAUCUGUUAGUUCAGCACAAGAAAACUUCCACAUAUUCCGUGAUAAUAUUUCUGAAAGAUUUGAAGAUGGAACACUUUCUUUUUUAGAUAUUAUAGCUUUACGCUAUGGUAUAGUGACAGUAUAUAAACUGACAGGUGGAAUGGAGAAAAUAUCCCAACACACCUUCUGUAUAGCUCAGUUUUUUUAUCAAAAUUUACAACAGCUUCAUCACAGCAAUGGGAGGUCAUUAGCAGAAAUUUACACAGUGGGAGACUUCAAGGAGAGGAACAGACAGGGUGCCAUUAUAAACUUCAAUUUAAUCAGAUAUAAUGGAGACUAUAUUGGCUUUGCUGAGGUAGAUAAGAUGGCUCAACUACAUAAUAUUCAUCUAAGAACUGGUUGUUUCUGUAAUAUUGGUGCAUGUCAGAAAUAUUUAAACAUAUCUACUGAACAGUUAAAAUCUAAUUUCCAGGAAGGACAUGUUUGUGGUGAUGAUAAAGAUCUAAUUAAUGGUAAACCAACAGGUUCUGUUAGAAUAUCAUUUGGUUAUAUGUCUACAUUAACAGAUGCUGUUAAAUGUUUACAGUUUAUUAUAGAGUGUUUUCUACAGGGUUCUAAUCCAUCACCACUAAUUAUUCAACAAGCAGAAGAUAUUGUUAAAAAAAGUCUGGUUGAAAAGACAACCAUGGUUCAUUCUAAACAACAUCCAAAUGAGUUGGGUUACAAAGAUGUGAUUGUUGGUACAACUGUUGUAACAGAAUCUAAACCUACUGCUGAUGUUGUAAAAAAGUGUGGUGAAAAUAAAAGAUUAUUAACCAAUAUAUUCAUUUAUCCCAUCAAAUCAUGUGCAGCUUUUGAGGUUAAAGACUGGGUGAUAGGUAAUAAAGGAUUAUUAUAUGAUAGAGAGUGGAUGAUAGUUAGUGAUAGUGGAGUAACAAUCAGUCAAAAACGGGAACAAAGACUAUGUUUAUUGAAGCCAUUCAUAGAUCUCCAAGAACAAAAACUUUAUCUCAAUUUUCCAGGCAUGCCACAAUUUAUUUUAUCAUUGGAAAGUUCUGAUCAGACCUACACUGGACAGAUUUGUACCAACAAAGUUUGUGGUGACAAAGUUGAAACAUUUGAUUGUGGUGAAGAGGUGUCAGAUUGGGUUAGUCUUGCUUUAGGUAGAUCAGGGUGUCGUCUGCUAAGACACAAGAUAGAAGACAGCAGAAAAUGCAAAUUAAAAGAUACUGUAUCUGAAUCAAAGGCAGGUAAUGAAAUUUCAUUGGCCAACGAGUCCCAGUUUCUUCUGUUAAGUAGAGAAAGUGUGAAAGCUUUGGUUAAAAGAAUUCAAGAAGAUAAUGAUCAGAUAUUUAGAGAAAAAAAAGAAAGUGAAUUAUUAGAAACAGCAACAUUAGGUGAAGAGAAUUUAAUAAGUAGAUUUCGUGCUAAUCUAGUAAUAGGUGGUGGAUUGAAAUUUGAAGAAGAUAACUGGUCGAACAUUAACAUUGGGUCAAAUAAAAUGGUGAGUCAGGGUGGUUGUAGUAGAUGUCAGAUGAUUUGUUUAGAUCAAACAACAGGAACUAGAAGUAAGGAACCUUUAAAAACUCUGGCAUCAUGGAGAGGCAGAAAGGUACCAUUUGGCAUCCAUGUACGGAUGGAAUCAUUAUCAGAAACACAGAAUGUUCUUACAGUUGGUGACACUGUGAUGCCAGUUUGAAAUUAUUGAAUUUAUUUUAUUUAACCAGAGAAAUGCCUUUUAUUUAUACAUUUUAUAUAAUGCAUUAUUUAUAAAUUCAUAUUUAUCCAAAUGCUUUUUCUAGUCAUUUUUUUAUGUAGAAAUUUGUAAAUCAAAUAAAGGCCAUACAAAUAAUGAGCAUUUUCGGUGCAGGUAAAGCAGAGUGAUAAGCAAUUUGAUUGGUCGAGACUUUGGAGCUAGACACUUUGAUUCUAAUUGAGUGAGAAUGGUGAAACUUGGCGCAUAUCAUUACAUCAAUACCUUGACUAAGUUCGAUAAUGUGCAUUUCCUAUAUUUUCAUUACAUCAGUACCUUGACUAAGUUCAAUAAUGAACAUUGUCUGCAUCAAUGUUUUGGGAUAUGAUAACUUUGAUUCCAUUUGAAUGAGAGUGGUGAAACUUGGUGCAUAGUUUCAUUACAUCAAACUCAAAGUAUAGUUUCAGUACAUCAAUACCUUGACUAAGUUCGAUGAUGAGCAGUUUGAUUGAUCAAGACGUUUGACCUUGACAACUUUGAUUCUACUUGAGUGAGAAUGGUGAAACUUGGCCUAUAAUCAUUACAUCAAUACCUUGACUAAGUUCAAAUACCAUGACUAAGUUUGAUGAUGAGCAAUUUGAUUGUUCGAAACUUUGGAGCUCAACAACUACAAUUCUAAUUGAGUGAGAAUCAAUCUGAUUAAAAUACAGAUCUAUAUUUCGUUUCGUUUUUUUAUACACCUGAUGGCCUACACUACAUGAAGAUCUGACAAGUUAUAGCGAUAGAUCACGUCAGGGGUCAAAAGACCGACUUAUGACCCUAUGACGUCAGACAUUUGAUUAACCAAUCAGCAUUGAUGUUACUAGUGGAUUACCCACAGUUCCCUGAAAAACACGCCUAAAGCUCGCCGUAACAGACCGUUUCAUUGGCUUAUCCCUGACACCAUUCAGAACACAAGUUAAAUAACAACUCUUCCAGAUCCAAGUGUAGUAAAGACAAGUAAAACGAAAUUUUGAACUAUAAAAACGAAACGAAAUAGGAUCUGUGUUUUAACCAGAUUGGAGUGAGAAUGGUAAAACUUGGCGUACAUGUAUAUCAUUACAUCAUUACCAUGACUAAGUUUGACAAUGCGCAUUUCCUAUAGUUUCAUUACAUCAAUAAUGAACUGAUAAGCGAAAUGAUUGAUACUUUAUGAAAAGAUGAAUAUGCAAUUAAAAAAUGUGUGUCAUCAAAUUACUUUUUCAAUUUGGUGGGGGACGUCAGCCUCACUGUUGACUUGUUUAUUGUUUUUAUACAUGUAGGAAUUCACUUACAUAAUUUUGUUAUAUUUUAAAUACAAGAUAGUUUUUUUAAUGUUGAUUUUGAUAUCAUUAUAGUCUUCCAUUUGUGAUAAUUUAGGUUGUUAAUUGAGCUUUAAAUUGUUACUUUAUGAUUAACUAUAGUAUAGUUGACAUUAUUAGAGACUCAUAUUAAAUGUGCUUGUGAUCUCAAACUUUAAUCUUCACAUUUCCUUGUAACUAUAGAAACACCUUUUUAAGAAGUUUAUUCAAUGUUAAUAAUAUUAUUAUUUUAUUAAUUUUUAAAAACUGAUUUAUUUUUCAGUCAUUGUGUAUAUUUUUGAAAAUAAAGUUAAUUGAAAAGA